UCGAAGCUGAGAGAGAAAAGCCAUGGCUGACAAGACCCUGAAGGACAAGCGGAAGCUGUUUGUCAGCUCAGUGAACACAGGGACGCUCAACGGCUUGCUGGAUGAGCUCUUAGAGAAAAGAGUGCUGAACCAGGAGGAGAUGGAGAGAGUACGGUAUGAAAAUGCUACAGUGAUGGAUAAGGCCCGAGCUCUGAUUGACUCUGUUGUUCGGAAAGGGUCACAGGCAUGCGAUAUUUUUAUUUGUUAUAUUCGUGAAGAGGACUCCUUCCUUGCAGAGAAGAUGGGGCUUUCCUCAGGUGCACCAUCUGGAAGUCAACUUAACUCAGACUCUCAAGCAGCAAUUCUUCCUUCACCAGAAGACAAACAUGACAAAAACCCAUUUAAGAUUUUGGAAACUGUGGGCAAAGAACUCAUUACUGGUGUUUUGCAUGGCUUGUUGGAAAAAGAUGUUCUGAAAUUGGAGGAAGCAGAAAAGAAAAAAUUUUAUGAUGCCAAACCUGAAGACAAGCCCUGGGUCUUUCUGGACUCUGUGCAACAGAAACGGCAGGAGGCAGGUCAAGCCCUUGUCCAAACUUUCAUUAAAACGGACAAAUAUUCCACCAGUGUAAAAGGUCCCGAGGACGUGCCUGGGCAACCUGAGCCAGAAGAAUCUACAGAUACUCUCAAGCUUUGUCCUCAUGAAGAAUUCAUGAAACUGUAUAAUGAGAAGGCUGCAGAGAUCUACCCAAUAAAGGAGAGAAAGGAUCGUACUCGUCUCGCUCUGAUCAUAUGCAAUAUAGAGUUCGAUCAUCUUCCUCCCAGGGAUGGGGCCAAACUUGACAUCGCAGGGAUGAGGAGUCUACUGGAGGGCCUUGGCUACAGUGUGGAUGUGAAAGAGCACCUCACUGCUAAGGAUAUGGAGUCAGCGCUGAGGGCAUUCGCCGCCCGCCCAGAGCACAAGUGCUCAGACAGCACAUUCCUGGUGCUCAUGUCUCACGGAAUCCUGAGUGGAAUCUGCGGGACUACCUUCAGCCCGGAAAACCCGGAUGUGCUACCUUAUGACACCAUCUUCCAGAUCUUCAACAACCGUAACUGCCUCAACCUCAGGGACAAACCUAAGGUCAUCAUCAUCCAGGCCUGCAGAGGUGAAAGUCUUGGGGAAGUGUGGGUCAGUGACUCACCAGCGGCCUCAACCAACAGCUUCUCACAUCGACCUCUGCUCCUGGAGAGUGAUGCCAUCCAGAAGGUCCACAUCGAGAAGGACUUCGUUGCUUUCUGCUCCUCGACCCCACAUAACGUAUCCUGGAGACACGUCACAAAGGGAUCUCUCUUCAUUGUACAACUCAUCACAUGCUUCCAAAAAUAUUCUUGGCGCUAUCACCUCAUAGAAGUAUUUCAGAAGGUACAAAAAUCAUUUGAAAAACCAAAUGUUAAAGCCCAGAUGCCCACCAUUGAACGAAUGUCCAUGACAAGACCUUUCUAUCUCUUCCCCGGCAAUUGAAAAUGGCAGUCGCAGGCAGUCCAGCCCUUCUUGACCAACUUCGAAAAGCACCUUUCCUAGCACAGCACAUUCAUGUGACCUUUCGUAUUUCAAUAAA